AUUAUAGUUAAUCGCAACAUUGUUAUGGCACUGCAUUUGUCCGAACUGCCGAGGCUGCUCACGUAGCGUCUUGGAAACUGGUAGCGCCGGAGAAAUGCCACAUCCUUCGUAUACAACUCUAAUCUAACCCCACACCCUCUUGCCAAACCGGGGUUUAUUGAAGUAAUGCCGGAUUUUCCCCGCACAUGUGUUCGAUUUCCUGACUUGAUGUUUCUAAAUCCACCGAGGCCUGGGUACCUUGCCCUCUUGGGAGGGACAGCCGUUGCGGGAUGCUCGGGACAUGGUACUUUACACGGACUGCGUGGCAAAGCUAGACGGGCACAUGUCCCAAGAGUUCUAUAAACUGUCGCUACAGCCUUUUUUUUCACUCGUCACUUCCGAACUCACGAAACUUCCCUCACGAUGCGUCUUCUCACUCUGUGCACCCUGCUCCCUAGCGUCCUCGCUCUUCCAUCUCAGACUCUCGACUUCGCAAGGUACGGCAUAGCGCCACGUGCCGAUUCUUCCCUCACGAACUACCUUGGCGUCUUCUUCCUUGGUGACAAGCCCUCUGUCUACUUCUACCUUUCCAAUGGCAACAAUGCAAACUCCAUGAUUGCCAUGAACAAGGGCCAACCUGUUAUAAUUCCUACGAAAGGUACUCAGGGCGUUCGUGAUCCAGCUAUCAUAUCUGGUGGAGCAGCCGAAGCUGGCAAGAAAUGGUACAUCAUUGGCACAGACCUUGAUAUUGGCAAGACAACAUGGGAUGCAUCUCAACGUACAGGCUCUCGUGGAAUCUUCGUUUGGGAGUCUACCGAUCUUGUAACAUGGACCAAUGAACGUCUUGUCACCGUUGAAGACUCUACAGCAGGUAUGGUGUGGGCACCCAGUGCAAUCUGGGACGAAGCCAAGGGCCAAUACUUCGUUCACUGGGCUAGCAAAUUCUACCCUACUUCCGACCCGCAACAUACGGGUGCGCCUUCAUCGAUUCGAAUCCGUUACGCGUACACCAAAGACUUCAAGACUUUCAGUGCGCCCCAGGACUACAUCAACCGAUCACCUACCAAUAUUAUUGACCAGGAAUUUCUGGCCCUGGGAAACAAUGCAUACGCGCGCUUCUUGAAGGAUGAAAGUGCAAAGACUGUUUUCACAGAAAUCUCUACUAAUGGGCUGUUUGGUACCUGGUCUAGACCUGCAGGUGCUAACGCUAUCAUCGCUUCUGGUGUAGAGGGUCCUGCGCCUUACUGGGAUAAUCAAGUUGCUGGCAAGGCGCAUUUGUUGCUUGACUUCUAUGGAGCAGACGGAUACAGACCUUACGAAAGUUCUGACGUGAAGGGUGGAAAAUGGACAGCGAGUGACCGGAGUGCCUGGCCUCAGAAUUUGAGGCACGGGAGUGUACUAGGCGUCAACGCGACUCAGGUCGCGGCCUUGAAGAAGAAGUGGAGUGUGUAAGACAAUAAGGGCCGCACUAGGUCGAGAUUCUACAUGGAUCCGUGUAUUCACUUCGUGAUGGGAACGAUCGCUCCGUUUGUUGUAUUGCGUCAUGGCGCUCGCU